AUGAGAAGACAAUGUCAAUGGCUUCUUCCUAAAAUUGCUCUCUAUCAAUCCUCCAUGUUUGGAUCAGUUUCUUCCAACCUGUCUUCUCCUCAAUUUCCACCAUUUUUCUUCCUUCUUUUUCUCUUUCUUUCUCAUUCUCUAUACAUGGAUUUUUCUCUCUCGCUCACCUUUGGUUCUCCCCCAAUUCCCCAUUCAAUCUUGUCACCUACAAUUCCUCAACCCUAGCCCACCGCCACCGCCACCUACCCCACCUCCCGCUCCUCCGCCAUGGGCAACUGUUGCUCUCGUGAAAACCCCGACGAGGCUCCUGCCACCAGCGUCAAGGAAGAAUCCAACAACGCUGAUAAUUCGAAGGAUGAUGGCGGAAAUACCAAUCACGGAAAUUCCACUAAUAACCCAUCUAGUAAAACUCCUCCUUCUGCCUCUCCGGCGGCUUCCACCAAACCUUCGAAGCCAUCUCAGAUCGGUACUGUUUUAGGGCGGCCGAUGGAAGAUGUUCGAUCUACUUACUCCAUUGGUAAGGAGCUGGGAAGGGGUCAAUUCGGGGUAACCCAUUUAUGUACUCAUAAGGCUUCUGGCGAACAGUUGGCCUGCAAAACCAUUGCUAAGAGGAAACUUGUAAAUAAAGAAGAUAUUGAAGAUGUUAGGAGGGAAGUCCAGAUUAUGCAUCAUUUAACUGGUCAACCUAAUAUUGUCGAGCUUAAAGGAGCUUAUGAAGAUAAGCAUUCUGUUCAUUUAGUUAUGGAAUUGUGCGCUGGAGGAGAGUUGUUUGAUCGUAUCAUUGCCAAAGGCCAUUAUACAGAGCGAGCCGCGGCUUCUUUGCUCAGGACUAUUGUCCAGAUUGUUCAUACUUGUCAUUCCAUGGGGGUUAUUCAUAGAGAUCUUAAGCCUGAAAACUUCCUCUUGCUCAGUAAAGACGAGGAUUCUCCACUUAAGGCUACUGAUUUCGGUUUGUCAGUGUUCUAUAAGCAAGGAGAGGUAUUCAAGGAUAUUGUUGGUAGUGCAUAUUACAUUGCCCCAGAAGUGUUGAAAAGGAGAUAUGGACCUGAAGUUGAUAUUUGGAGUGUUGGAGUUAUGCUAUAUAUUUUACUGUGUGGUGUUCCACCUUUUUGGGCAGAAUCUGAACACGGGAUAUUCAAUGCGAUCUUGCGUGGUCACAUCGAUUUCACUAGUGAUCCAUGGCCUUCAAUAUCACCUGCAGCAAAGGAUCUUGUAAGGAAGAUGUUGAAUUCAGACCCCAAGCAGAGAUUGUCAGCCUUCCAAGUUUUAAAUCAUCCAUGGAUUAAGGAGGAUGGAGAAGCGCCUGAUACUCCACUUGACAAUGCGGUGCUCAAUAGGCUCAAACAGUUCCGUGCGAUGAACAAAUUCAAGAAAGUUGCCCUUCGGGUGAUUGCGGGAUGUCUAUCGGAGGAAGAAAUCAUGGGGCUCAAACAAAUGUUCAAGAGCAUGGAUACUGAUAACAGCGGGACAAUAACGCUUGAAGAGCUAAAGCAAGGACUUGCAAAGCAAGGCACAAAACUCUCUGAAUAUGAAGUUAAACAAUUAAUGGAAGCCGCUGAUGCUGAUGGUAAUGGAACCAUAGACUAUGAUGAGUUCAUCACAGCAACAAUGCACCUGAACCGAAUGGAUAGAGAAGAACACCUUUACACUGCCUUCCAGUAUUUCGACAAAGAUAACAGCGGAUAUAUCACUACGGAGGAGUUGGAGCAAGCUCUUAGAGAAUACGGCAUGCAUGAUGGAAGGGACAUUAAGGAGAUCCUUUCUGAAGUGGAUGCAGACAAUGAUGGUCGCAUCAACUAUGAUGAAUUUGUAGCGAUGAUGCGAAAAGGAAACCCAGAAGCAAAUCCCAAGAAGCGUCGUGAUGUUUUCGUUUGAUUUUGGUUGUUGGGAGUGAAGUGGAGGAAAUGACAAGAAAUACCACCAAAAUGUUUUGUUCUUCAGAAGAGAAAUUAAUAUGAAGGUGACGUUUACAGAUGCUCAUUGUACAUUAAUUAUGUAAAGUGAAUGGGAAGGGUUGAAGCAAAAAAGUGUUUUUUUUUACUUUUAUCUCGAGCAUGCAUAUAUUUAAGUGCGAAUGGUGGUUCCUUUCAGAGAUAGAAAGUCGCCUUUAUAAAGAAAAAGAAAGGAAAAGGAAAGGGAAGGUUGACAUCUUACCCCUCAUUCUUAGAAUUUAAUGGUGAUUUUCUGAUGUUUGUA